AUGAAGUUCAGGCAGCAGACGGUAUGUCUCACUGAAUUUCAUCAGAAGGAGAUGUCAAAUAGGAGCAGUCCUGGACUAAAGGGUGUAGGAAACCUCAGAGACCAAAAAUCGGGCCUGGAAAACUCUCAAAAGAAGACCGUUUUUCUACAAGAAGAUUAUUUAUCAUCAAACAACAAAGAGCAAUUCAAAGCUUUGACUGCUGAUGACAAUGCAGUCUCACUUAAAAGUAAGCACAGUGUAGGAGUCGUGGGGAAAACCAAUGGAAGCAAGUCAAGCGGAUCUGCUCUGGCACAAAGUAGAAAAAGUGUUGGUUUUAAAAAAAUUAAUGACCACAUUGUUAAAAUUUCUGAGAAAAAUCCUCUAGCUACAAACUACAGCCAGAGUAGAUAUACAUCUAAAGAAGUCAGUCUAACUGACGAGGUGAUGGAGUCACUGGCUCUUAGCGAUUCCCGCGACAGCACUACCAGUGAGGACGGACCCAGCUCUCAGUCUCAGCGGCCGUUACUUCAUUACCUCUCAAGGCACAUAGACCACAAAGAUCAGAGUUUGGAUUUGUCAGACGGAGACUACGCUAGUGAUGCCCCGAGUGAGACUCGAUUCAAUGAAGGACAGCGCACUUCUACUCCUACGUCCAGCUCCUCAAGCUUCAGCAGCGAUUCUGAACUCAAGAGCUUACAGGGGUCUAUGGCUAACUACUUCAAAAAACAGAAGAGAGGGGGACUGACAGUGACUUUAGACAACCUUCUGUUCCUGAAUUCCUCACAAAGAUGUUCCCAAAAGACAAGGGAAGAGAUGGGAGAGCGUGGUUUUAAUGGUGAGAAUGGCUGCAGACCUUUGCUCAGGCUUAAGAAAGAACUUCACGAACCUCAGGAGCUGAGACAGCAGAUCUCAUCUCUGAAGCAGAAGUUGAUGGUAAGGGAGUCUCACUGGUCACAGGCCCACAGUCUCCUCCAGAGCCGUGUUGAAGCGCUCACCCGAGAGAACCAGGAGCUUCAGACCAGGCUCAAUCUGAACAAGAGAUCGUACCAGAGUGCUGGCUCCUCAGCUCUUCAGGCUGGAUCAUACAACACUUUUGAGAAGAGAAGAGAGGAACCACAGAGGACUCAUAUAAGGAGCGCAACUCCUGCCUUUAACAAACCCUCCAUCCAUAGGACGCAACAGGACAAUGCAAAUAGACGUUCUGUUCCCAAAGCUAAUAAGCUAACAGAAUGCACAGACAACUCUUUGAUCCAAAAAGGAAAGGAUCCUGCACUUUCUAUUGACACUCCACUGAACAAUGCCAUGAUUACACAAGGCGGAAAGGGAAGUUUGUUUUAUCAUCAUACUGACUGCAAUGAUACUCAAAUGGCAUCGCAGGCCAAAAAAAACAACGUACGUGAGGAAACCUGCUAUCCGGAUGGAAGGGUAGAGCGUCUUUUUUGGAAUGGAUGUCGUGUGAUCACAUUCCGCAAUGGAACGAAGAAAGAGAUCGGUGUUGACAAGUCAGUCACUGUUACGUUCUUCAAUGGCGAUGUUAAACGCAUGCUGGCUGACGGGACAGUGAUUUACUACCAUUGUGAUGCUCAGACAACACACUCAACCUAUCCAUCUGGAUUGGAGGUUGUACAGUUUCCAAACAACCAGAGAGAAAAACAUCAUCCUGAUGGUACAAGGGAAAUAUCCUUCCCAGAUGGCACAGUUAAGAUUCUCCACUCUGAUGGUCGAGAUGAGAGCAUUUUUCCAGAUGGGACCGUUGUCAAGAUAUCACAACAUGGGGAAAAGGUGGUGGAGUUUGCUAAUGGGCAGAGAGAGAUUCAUACUUCACAGUACAAGCGAAGGAUGUACCCGGAUGGAACGGUUAAAACACUCUACACGAAUGGGAGGCAAGAAACAAAGUUCUCAUCUGGGAGAGUUCGCAUUAAGAACAAUGAAGGCAUCAUUAUAAUGGACAAAAAAUGAACUUCUAAAAACCAUUUUCAUGUUAUUUAUUUAUUGUUGUUUUUUUAUUGACAGAAUUUAUAGUAACUAUCGUUUAGCAUCUUUCCCUUACCACAUAUUGAAAAAAUACUUUUUUGGAGUUUCAGGUGCUGUUUUGCAUUUUAUUUAUGGUGAGUACUAUAGACAAAACUCUACUGAAGCCAUAAUCAGGAAGCAUUAAUGCAAUUUGUUGAAUAUUCUUUAUUAUGAUUUCAACUGGCUAAAAUCAUCUAAACCUUUUUUUUAACUAAAGAUAUCAAUAAACUUUAUGAUAAUCGGAUGAACUAAGCCAGUUUAUUUUUACAUGUACUGACAGCAGGCGUCUUGUAUUUCUAAGUUUCUCUCAGCAUGAACACAUUUGAUACAGCAUGCAGGUGUAGACUUGUUACCCUCUGAACUAGCGCUGACCUUGUAUUACAUUAAAACACUCUGGUUUCAGUAGAGGAACAUUCCUGAAAUAGUAAAGAAGAGCUGGUAACAUUGUUAACUUUAACCCCACUGUAGGAACAGUUUGGGGACUGUAGGAACAGUUUAUGUCAUUUUUGGUCUUUAUUUUCUUUACAAUAAGCCAUACAUUAUUAUUGAAUAAUACAUCAAUUUAAUCAAAUAUCGUCAUGUUACUUUUCAAUAUUAUAGAAAUUGGCACUUAGAGAAGGUUUAAACCUGUGUCCAUUUACUGUUGUUUUCAAAGGGAGGAUUUUUAACCUUAGUUUCAUUUCUAGGUUAUGUAUUUUUCCUGUUAUGCCUUUAAAAUACUUUUUUUUACGUUUAUUAAAAUGUUAAAAUAUGUGUCAGCUUAUCUGUCUUGGUGCUAUGUUUUGUGGUUGUAGAUGUUUUUGUCUGACCUUAGUAUAUGAACAUGAAAUGAACAUUACUAUUCAAAAGUUUGGGGUCAGGAUGUUUGUUUUUGUUUUUAAAGAAAUUGAUACUUUUAAUAAACAAGCAUGCAUUAAAUUGAAUUAAAGUGACA